AUGAAAAAUAUAGUAAUCCAAUUCUAUGAUAAAAAUGAGCAAUUCGAAACCUUUUGUGAUUCUAAUACAACUCCAAUGAUAUUGGCUAAUUUCAUCCAAGACGCUAAUUACUAUGAGUAAAUUAACAUUUAAAACCCUUUAGAAAUUUCAACCUGAGUGAAAUAUUUUAUUUCAAGAUCAAAGACACUGAAUUAUAUUUUGGUCAUAGGAAUACGCCUAUUUACAAAUAUAUAAACAAUAUGGAUAACCCAACUCUAAUCUUCUAUCGAGGUUUAAACGGUUAAUAGAAUUGUAAAUUUAUAUAAAUAAAUAAUGUAUAGUGAAGUCAUGCAAAAAAAUAGAGGAUUCUUAGAACUAAACUGAUAAUAUAAAAGACCAUAACUAAAAAGAAAUUUUAAAUGGAAAAGUGUUAUCUAAUGCUUGGAAUUCAAAUUAGUUUGAAUAAUCCUCAUUUGCAAAAUCUCAAUAACCUUAAUAAAAAAAGAUCCUUAUAUCUGAAAUAACCGCUAAAGAUCAUCUUAAAUAAGGUGUUUUUCAAAAUAAUGAUUUGCAAAGAUUAACCGAAUAAUAUUUCAAUAGAGCUAACUAUGGUUAAUUUUAAGCAUAAAACUCUGUUAUAUUAUAAAAAGUUAAUGAGAAACCAAAUAACUUUUUAGAUUAAUAUUUCGGAGCAGUCAAUUCAGAAAUAUAAGGCUCUCAUCUAUUUUCUAGAUUAAGCUAAAUAAAAUAACCUUAAAUACCAUCGAAUUAACAAAAAAAUGAACAAUUAUAAAAAAAUAUAGAGUCUCAACCUAGAUCAGGAUCGAUGAAAAAUAUUCAAAAUCAAAAAAAAGCAAAAAAUUAGAAGAAAGCUAAAUAUUUAAUAAGUGUUGAAGCAAGUAAAGACUAGCUUUAAAUUCUUUCCAAUUUUAUGAAAACUAACAAUAUCCAAUUUACUUGCGAUAAGCAAUAUAAUUGCAAAAUUGACUGA